CGCGUGGGCAGAAGAUGAUGAGAGGAAAGAGGAGCUUGUAAUCCUUUAACCCUACUGCACAUUUUCGUUUCCUCUCUAUUCACUCGUUCAACAAACAUCACCCCCGUUUCUCUUCGCUUCCAGAUUUUAACCUAAAAAAUUCAUCGCGAUUAUCAGUCGAAAUCCAUAAUAAACUUAGGGUUUUUACUUUUUUCACUGUUACCAACCUAGUUGUGGGUAGGAGGAGGAGGAGUUUCAUUUCUAAUGGCAUCCAUGAGUAUCAUCAGGGCGGAUGUCACUUCCUAUUUUAUUGAAUUUUUCCGUAACCUACCCGACUUUGUGUUUGAAGAGAUAGAGCCUGAAUCUGAUUCUGUAGAGGAAAAACUUGAUUCUGAUUCUACCGAGGAGAAACAUGAUUCUGACCAUACGGAGGAGAAACAUGAUUCUGAUUCUACGGAGGAAAAACCUAGUUCUGAUUCUAUGGAGGAUAAACCUGAUCCUGAGUUUGUAGUGGAUGACCAUGGCGAUGAGUCUAUGCUUGUUCUCAUAGAUGAAAAUGAAAAUGGCAAUGAGUCUAUGCUUGUUGAUGAAGAUGAAGACUCUGAUACUGAAGGACCUUGGUAUAGGGAUCGUGGGGAUGUUAAAUGUAUUGGUGAUAUCCUUGUAGGUUUUAUCAAGGAGAAAAUCAAAUAUUCCUUGAUUAAACAAGCAGCAGCUUCCUAUGUUGCUAAAGAGAAUGAGCUGACAGACCGUCACAAGCGUCGAAAGCUUCUUUUGGGUCAGCAAGAAUAUUCACACUGCCAUACUGAGACUGCAGACAAGGCUAUUCUUGAGAUCCUUGUCAAACAACUUGUUUUCGGUCCGCGAGAUCAACUUUCUCAGGUUGAGGCUGCUGACAGGACUACUCUCGAGACACUUGUCAAGGGCAUUGUGGAGAACAUUGCAGAAAAGAUGAGGCCGUUUAUUAUACAUGAGUACAUUGAGAGUAAGAAGAAGAGAUGGAUUGAGCAGUGUGGUACGCAUAAUGUUGAUAAGCUUAUAGAGUUUUCUCAAUUCCAUAAGUAUCCCUUUUAUAUAAAUGUUAGUGGUUUUUAUGAGACAGAGGUAGGGAAAGCAGGUUUUGGGGUUAUCAUUCGUGAGUUUCGUGGCUACCCUCUUGCUGCCUAUUCAGAAUAUAUUUGUGAUAAUGAAAGUCAGGUUUCGUCAUUUUAUCAUGAGCUUCAGGGAGUGAACAAAGGCUUAGAGCUUGCAAUUGAGUUAAACUUAGAGUAUUUUAGGAUUUUUACAACACAAACAGAUAUAGGAUUUCUGGUUAUGAGCUGUCAAACUUACGAGAAUCAAUGUCAUUGUGAUCCUAAGGGCCUAAAAGCAGUAGAAAAACGCUGCGAGAGAUGUGUUAGAAGAUGUGUUUACUUUUGUCAAGAUGUAGAAAUGAACGAGACAGAGGUAGAGAAGAUUUACCUUCUCCUUAUUCAAGUAAUGGAUCAACUGCGUCGACUAGGUAGAUCGAAUGUCUCUGUUAUGUGCCAAAGCAGUUUUAACACUAGAUCAGCAUCGUAUCUGGCAAAACGGGAUGAAAACAAGGGGGAGAUAGAUAUGAAAUCAGGUGAUCUGCAGCGUCAUCCUGAACUACGGGAAAUUCUAUUCAGUGAAGCAAGUGGAGAGCAUGGAUCAAAUGUAUUUUCGUUGUCGUUGUUUUGGUAAGCAGGUGGCUGACAUCUUCAUUGAAGGAUUGCAUUCACCAACUUUUCUUCAUUUUCAAAGCAAGCUUCUGCACUGCUCCCAUCUUGCUUUUACUAGUUUAUCGAUUCUGUAUUUUUAAGUUGGUUAAUGGUCCUGUAUUUUUAAGUUGGUUAAUGGUUGGUUAGACAAUCUUCCAUAUUUUGUUAUACUUGUUACAGCUGGGACUAGUGUGUCGAGUCUGUUAGUUAUGCUUUUAUAUUAUAUUAUUUUGUCGAGUCUGUAAUUGGCUAAUUGUCUUCUGUAUAGUAACUUUUCCUUUCCUAAUGAAAUAGUCUAUCAAUCAAAUGGAAUGCA